AUGUCCUGGCUCAAAAAGUUCCUUCCCAUCGGCGAAGAGCGGCGGCAAGGCGUCGCCUUCGGCUUCCAAGUCCUCAAAAACACAAACAAGUUCAUCGUCAUUGAGCCGUGGUUCGACUUUAUCUGUGGCAUCAACGGCCGGUUAGUCGAAGACGGGAAUUCCUAUCUGUUCUCAAAGGAAGUGGAAAACUGCGCUGGACGGGAUGUCGCAUUCAUGGUGUGGAGCGCAAAGGGCCAACGAAUGCGCGACGUGAUGGUGUCCGUCCCAUCGACCUCGCUCUCCCUCGGGCUGGUGCUACAAUGGUGUCCCGUCUCGACCACGGAGGACAUCUGGCACAUUCUCGACGUGGCCCCAAACUCCCCCGCGGACUUCGCCGGUCUGCUCCCCUACAGCGACUACAUAAUCGGCACGCCGGAGGGCAUUGUGCGGGGAGAGUCCGGCCUCGGCGAGCUAGUCGAAGACCACAUGGACCGGCCUCUGCGCCUAUUCGUGUACAACCACGAAUACGACGUGACGCGGGAGCUGCACAUAACGCCGACGCGGUCGUGGGGCGGCGAGGGAGCUCUCGGUUGCGUCCUCGGCUUUGGCGCGCUGCACCGUGUUCCCGCCCCACUGCACGAGCCCGUCCAGGCCCCCGGUGAAACGCUGUUCUCGAAUACCCCCCGCGCCUCUGGCGAUGUCGCCCGUGCCGCUAUGAACCCAGAGGACGCGGAGGAGGAGGAGCUGUUCCCGCCUACGGAGCCGGGGAACCUCAUCACCCCUGCGGCGGUAUCCGGCUCGCCCUCGCCCUAUCAGUUCACGCCGAUGGAGACGCCCGGGUUCCGUGGCGGGGCGCCGGCGGGCGCACAUGUGUUUCCGCCGCAGGUCGCCCCUGCGAGGCACAAGCCGAGACAUCACCAUGCGAGGGACUUUAAUCCGAGUAUCAUGGAUGAUUACCUCAGGGAGGGAGAGCAGAAGAGUUUGGAGCUGGAGGGCGGCGCAAAGGCGGGCGCUGCGACUGUCAAGCCUGGACUUCCGCCGCCGCCAAAGAGGGCGGGUCCCCCGCCGCCGAGGAAGAGCUCUACGCCGGUUCCUACCAGUCCUCCGCAGCCGCCGCCGGUAAAACGGGAGGGCGAGAACGAUGAGCUGGAUUGA